AUGGCGUCCUGGGAUUCAUUUGUGACGAUAGCCAGCUAUAUCUCGCUCGAGGACAUCGUGAGGCCUCCAAAGAAGGAUGUAGAAAGCAAACAUGCUACCCACGUCCUGGGACUGGUCGCGGACGCUCGGGGGAAAGGAUACGAUUCAGUCUGCCUCCCGCUGACGACGCAAAAGUGGAAAGAACGGUGGGCAGGGAUGUGUCUCGCCCCGGAACGAGGCACCCCCGGGCCCGACGAGGAGCGAAAUGCGACACCGAGCGACGGGAUGGCAGGUGCCGUGGAGGACCCGCAGAUCGGCAAGGUGGCGGAGGAGUGGAGACAGAAGCCUGCAUUCACGCUCGACGAGGUCACUGUUACGCGAUUGGACGAGGCCGAGGGGACGACGGUCAUGAUCUCGGACUGGCUGGAGGUCGAUGGGCCAGAUGAUUGGAUCAGGCAUGACGCUGAGAUCGCACUACAACAAGAGCUGGCGUAUGCAUCGUACUUGAAUAUCCACACCGCGAUACUCCCCCCUCCCCGCACCCGGGCACACGUUGCGUCGUACGGCCGCAUCGUGCAAGCGUGUCUCAAGAAGACACCGUACAUGCAGCUCGCGAUACGUCUCCCCAUAUACAACCCCUACGCAAAUGGGGGGCAGGAUGUCAUUACAUCCAAGGGCGACGGCGUGUCCUCGAACCCCGGGACCCCGCGUCUCGUCGUCUCAGACGUCGCGAAUGCGUCGGUGGAGCCGUUCCAGGCAGAUCUAAAUGAGACGUGGGAGAUGUGGGAUGUCAUUCGGUCGAUAUGCGAUUACGACCCGCGUUUGGUUCUCAUGCUUGAUUUGACGCCGCUGCCUUUCCCCACCGCCACGGAGGCACUCCUUAAAUGGAACGCCGAACCGGUGAAAUACCUCUUCCUCCCCUCCUCGACGUUCAUCGCAAAUAUGAAAGGGUACCCCGUCCUCCCCAAAGCAACGCAGUCUUUCAUCCGCGAAAUGAUGGCGGCAGGUCAUCGACCCACGAUCGUGCUCGCUGAUACAACGAAGGGGCGACAUCAUAAGGGCGGGGAGGCGGUAUAUGCGCAGUAUGUAAGGCAUCUGGAGAAGACGAGCCCGCAUGUUAUUGCGGCGAAGAAGGCGGGGACGGUGGAGCAUUUUGCGCAGGGGUAUCAGGAUUAUCUGCAGGCCCCGUUACAGCCGUUGAUGGAUAAUUUGCAAAGUACGACGUACCAGACGUUCGAGCAGGAUCCUGUGAAGUACAGAAAUUACGAAGAGGCUAUGUACCAGGCAUUGAUGGACUGGUCGACUAACGACGCAGUGAUAUUCUGUAUCGCUGGAGCCGGCCGCGGCCCCAUAGUCCAACGAUGUUUGAACGCAAUCGACCGUUCACACAAAGCGGCAUCAGUAUAUGCCGUAGAGAAGAACCCAAACGCGUUUGUGACGCUUCAAUCACGGCAGAAGAACGAAUGGGGCGAUAGAGUUAACUUGGUCUUUGGGGACAUGCGGCAUAUCGACGUGCCCGAGAAAGCCGAUAUUCUGGUCAGCGAGCUGCUGGGGUCCUUUGGCGACAACGAGCUUAGCCCGGAGUGCCUAGACGGUGCAAUGAGGUUCUUGAAGCCGAGCGGAAUAUCUAUACCCUCGUCGUACACCGCGCACCUUGCGCCGCUGUCGUCUUCGAAGCUGUUCAACGAAGCUAGGUCGGGGAAGGAUGAGAAGCACCUGGAGACGCCGUAUGUCGUGAUGUUCCAGGCGAUCAAUAUCCUGAGCGGGGACGAUGGUGGGAAGAGUGGCAUGUGUGGCCCGAAGAUCCAGGAGUGCUGGGAGUUCGUUCACCCGAGGCGAGACGCGGUCGUUGGGCCUAACGGAUUGCCGCUUACCAACAGUCACAACGCACGGUCUGCCAAGCUUGUAUACCACAUUCCUCAAGCUGGUGUUAUUCAUGGAUUUGCUGGAUACUUUGAAGCGGUCUUGUAUGGGACGGUUGGCUUGAGCAUCCAUCCAGAUCGGAAAGACAAGAUAUCGAAGGAUAUGCUAAGUUGGUUUCCUCUAUUUUUCCCGUUGAAGGAACCGAUGUACCUCCCAAAUGAUGCUGAGUUGCAUGUAUCUCUGUGGCGACUCACAGACAAGCGCCAGGUGUGGUAUGAAUGGCACGCCGAAGCAUUCCUCUAUUUGUCUGCCGGUCCAGACGGCAAACGGGACUCCAUCGGUUCGCUGCGAUCAAGCUGCGUCUCAUUUUCAAGCUAUCCCGCCUCUUUCUUUCUUCCUCUCAUCUCGCCCGUUCACACCGUCGAGUACUUAAAACUCGCCUGUCGCUCGCUCGCACAUUCGUUCUUUGAAAGGAAUUCUUUAGUGUCAACCAUGAAGUCCUGCUUUGCCGCCAUUGCCCUCCUCUCGGUCGUUCCUGGUAUCCUUGGCUUGAUGAUCAACACGCCAGUGGGCGUUGUCCAGUGCCAGCCAAUCCUACUGAACUGGCAAGACGGGCAAACACCCUACUUCCUCUCAAUUAUCCCCGGCGGUCAACCCAAUGCUGCUGCGCUCGAGCAGUUCCCAUCUACUGAUGCGACCUCCUUCACUUGGACGCCUAAGGAAGCGGGUUCAGUCACCAUUCAACUUCGUGAUUCCACAGGAACGACUGCUUAUACCGACAUCGUUAAUAUCUCUGGGUCGACCACACCAUGUGCAAGUGGCAGUUCGUCGGUCGCUGGUUCUACUGGUGCCGCUACUGGUGCUCCUGGCAGUAGCACCCCCGCUACUAGCGCCCCGGCAGCCACCAGCCCACAAUCUAGCAGUGGCGCAUCGUCCUCCCCUGCAUCCCCAGCUUCGGGGUCAUCCACUGGGUCUGUUCGACCUUCGUCGGCUUCUGUUUCGGCUACUCCUUCCUCCGGCGCUGCCGCAGCAUCUGGGAGCAACGCGGCUAGUCGUCUCAACGAUGGUGCUUUCGGUCUCGCUGGACUCCUUGGCUUCAUCGGUGCCGCUGCCUUGUUGUAA